AUGAGUGAGGAAGACUUCUACAAUAAUUUAGAAACAAUCAUUGAGGAAUCUAGGAGACGGAUAAUAGACAAGGAACGACUAUUAGCGGGGGAGAACUGUGAUAAAUUAAAAAGCUCGGAAGAGCAGCCCAUAGAAGCCCCUUACUAUAAGUAUACAAGUUUAAUUAUUCCAUCUUAUAAGAGCUCGGAGAAUAAUUCUUGCACAAAAAAAAACAAAAACCAACUCAGCGAUAACAUCAAGGAGCUUCUAAAACUCCACGAAGACAAAGAUAUAGAGGUAAUAAAAAAAAAGUUAGAGGAAAAAAAGAUAAGCAAAAAAAAUUUAGUAGAAAUUAGAAUAGGAACACCAGAUCAUAAAACAAGUUCAAGCGAAUAUAAUAGAAAAAUUUUUAAAAACAUAAAUAGCAAAAACAAAAGUAAUAAUGACAAACGUAAUAAAGACAAAAACAUUCUACCAAAUGAGAGAUGGAGGAAAAAAAAUACUAGUAAUAUACGAGAUUUCAUUAAUCUAGAAAAAGAAAUAUUCAUUGCAAGGACUUUGAUGUAUAAAAAAAAAACAAGGCUUGAUGAUAUUUAUAAUUAUACAAGUAAAAAGGAAAAUAUAAUAAACAAUAUGAGCAAAAAUAUAAACAAAGAGGCAGCUAAACUUCAAGAGUCCUUAGUAGAAAAUUUCAAAAAAACGGAGGAGCUCAUUAAGAAAUUCGAAGAGAUAAGCUCAAAGAAGAAGAAAAAAAAAAAUCAAGUCCAACUGCUGAACAUAGAAAUUAGUAAACUUAAUGUUGAAUUUGAAAAAAAAGAUGAAAAAAUAAAAGAACUAGACAAAUAUAAAAAUUUCUUGAACAAACUAGCUAAUAGCGAUACGUCAGACGAAAAUGCAUUGAAUAAGAAAAAAGCGAAAAAAAAGGAGGAACAGGGGGAAGAAAUAAAAGAGCAAAAAAAAGAAGAAGAUCAUUUUUCAAAAAAUAUGGAAAAGUACAUUAAAAACUCCCAGUUAUUAAUCGACAAUUUUAAUAUGUUGGAAGAGCAACAUUUACAACUUAUUGAUGAUACACAAAAUGCUGAAUAUGAAUUAGAAGAAUAUGAAAAAAAAUAUGAAGAUAAAAAGAAAAAUAUGCAAAUAAAAAAUAAGGAAAUAGACAUAAAAAUUAAACAAGUUAACACAUUCAUUAAAGAACAUAAUGAAAAAAUUUCAGAAUAUGAAAAUAUUAUUAAAAAUAAUCAAGACCAGAUAUCAUUUACAAAUAUUAACAACAAAAUAGAUUAUAUUUGUACACAGUUUUCUUAUGAUAUCAAUACAAAUGAAAUAAUGAAAAAGCUGCAAAUUCUUGAAAAUAAAAUUUAUUCGUACUUUACCGCUCUAACAAAAUACACCGAGGAAAAUAGCCAACUCGUGUAUGAAUAUCAAAGGGAAAGGGAACAAGAAAGAAGAAAACAAAUGCGGUUUGAAAUUAACUUAGAUAGGAAAGGCAACAAUCAAAAUAAGCAGCUGAAGAAUAAGAAAGUCAACAAUAAAAAUUCAGCCAUUAACCUUAAGGAUAAAAAAGAAAAGCGCGAAAACAUAUAUACGCUAUUUGAAAAAGACUUAUUUAAAUGA